CUUACAUCAUCAUCUUGGUGGGGUUUUAGCAUUAUUUCUUUUCUGUUUGGUUUUUUCAAACCCAGAGGUUUUUCAUUUCUAUCCACAAAACUCUUCACUUUCACCCAAAAACUCAUUAAAAACAAAAUCAUAAUUUAAAUUAAAUCAAUUCACAUCCUUUUCCUUUUGCAUUUUUCAGUUCGUGAUUUCAAAAUUCUCGUAGAAUCCGUACAGAUCUCUUCUCAAUUGAAGUGAUAUUGGUGUCACUGGCUCAUUGUACAUGAUCAUCACUUAUUGGCAUGCUACCUGAGGUAUGUCGUCGAAGAAGAGGCUGAACUAUGGUUUCAGUGGCUAUCAAUUUCCUGUUAUACCAAAAGCUCCUAGAUCAGUUAGAAGGAGACACUCGCAUAAUAAUUUGGACAAUAAUCAAAUUUGUGCAUUUGAAUUAUUGGCGGCUGUUGCUGGCGAACUUUUACAAGAGAGCGAAAGCUCUGCUUGUAGUAAUGCGGCGGAAGGAAAAGAUGAGCUUGCUGAUUGCAGGGUCGGUGUUAAAUGUGAGCAACUUAAAGAAGAUAAAGCUGUGAAAUCGGAGUGCUUCAGCCAGGGGAGUUGUGUAGAAAGCACUUAUAUACCAGAACCUGCAGCGCUAGAGCAGAAUCUCAAGCAUAGUUUGGAUAAGCCUAAUCAUGUAGAAAAUAAUAUUUUCCACAAACACAAUUGUAGUAUUAUGAAUGCUGAUUUUUCACAAAAAGACUGGUCUUGCGCAAAGUUGGAAAACUGCAAGAAGGUCGAUAGGGGUGGAAUGUUCCACUCUGAAGUAGAAGGCAGAUCCUCUAAUCUCGGGAAUGCAUGUAAUAAGAAAAUUGAGACAGUUACUCAAAAACAGUUAGAUGAUGACAGAAAGCAAACUGAUGACUUAACUGUGGCUAACUCUUGCAGUGUGAAGGGUCCAAUUGUGGAACAUGUGAAUAAUAAUGCCACAAUUAACUCAGACAACAGUGUACAGUUUCCCUUGUACAGGGCGGUUCCUAAGCCUUCUUUUGGAAAGCAAAGGAACAAUGUAAAGUUAGGUAUUAGAGAUGAUGACGAAAAUUCUUUUCGGUCUUAUAGCCACAGCAGUAAGAUAAGGGCCUUCAGGAAAACAUCACGUAUUGGAUACAGAAGAAUAAAAAGGAUUUUGACAUCUAGACACUGGAAGAUAGCUCCACAGCUGAAGGACUGCGAACGGUCAUGCUUCAAUAAUAGAGUGAAGUCCUUUUAUCAAAACAGGAAAAGAAUAUGUGCACUGGAAAGAUGCCGAGUUGAAAUUCCUUCAAAGAGAAGGAAAAUGUCUCACUAUAACUCUGAUGUUGCUUAUGACCAGCAGGCCAGUAGUGAAAGAAAAUCAAACUCACCUGAAAAGGGAAUCAAGAGAGAUAUUAUCCCGCAUAGAGGAUCAGGGGCUUCAGCUUCAGCUAAAAAUCAUCAAAAAAAGGAUCCUUGUGUAAAAUUUAGCAUCAAGUCCUUCAACAUUCCUGAGCUUUUCAUCGAGGUCCCUGAAACUGAAACUGUUGGUUCGCUGAAGAGGUCAGUAAUGGAGGCAGUAAGAUCUAUACUGGGAAAUGGAUUACGGGUGGGGGUGGUUCUCGAGGGGAAGAAGGUCAGAGAUGACAAUAGAACUCUACAGCAGGCUGGUGUCUCUCAAAAUGGCAACCUCGAUACUUUGGGUUUUACGUUGGAGCCAAGUUUUUACCCAGUUUCUCCAUCAUUGCUUUCUAAAGAUCCUCCUGCUUCAUCACCAUGUGUUGCUGAUCAUGAAUUAACUAGGCGUCCGCCUAGUCCUAUCUUGGAAUUAGAGCUUCCAAGUGCUUCGUCAGAUCCUUCAAAGACUAAGUUGGACAAGCAUGACGAAGAUUACCAUGAACUGGCGCAAUCACCUACAAAUCCUAUUGAUCCAACAAGUGAUGUAGCUAUUCCUGAUUCUAGAGCCGUGGUCAUAAUACCUCAUCUGAAUGCUGAGGCACUUGCUGUGGUUCCUGGGAGCCCGAAGAACAGUCGUUCUGAACUUUCACAGCGUAGAAUAAGGAGACCAUUCUCAGUUGCGGAAGUAGAAGCUCUAGUUGAAGCUGUUGAGCAGCUUGGAACUGGAAGGUGGCGUGAUGUCAAAAUCAGAGCUUUUGAGUAUGCUGAUCAUCGAACUUAUGUUGAUGUUAAGGAUAAAUGGAAGACAUUAGUCCAUACAGCAAGCAUUACACCACAACAGAGAAGGGGAGAGCCAGUGCCACAGGAGCUUCUGGACAGGGUCUUAGCUGCCCAUGCAUACUGGUCUCAGCAACAUGGGAAGCAACAUGCCGAAGCUCUAAAAAUGGCGGAUUCUCAGGUGCAGAACGUUGGGGCGUAGAGAAAAUAUGCUGAAAUAUUAUUGUAGGAAACAUGACGAUAAAUUGUAAAGAAAGUUUGCUUUUGAAUAACUAGUUAACGUUCACACACACAUCGAUUUACUGCCAAAUCUUCCUCUGUGACUGGGGGACAGGCAGUUGUAAAUGAUUCAAGUUCAAGGAAUAAAGCAGUAGUCUAACAGGCAUUAGGGAUCUCUUUAUUUUUGUUGGUUCUAUUCUUUCAGGUAAUUGUUAGGAUGGGAUAAGACUACGUAAAAAAUCAAAUGUAUUAUGUACAUUAAUGUUGUUUUUAGUAUUAUUUCACUGUCAUUAGCUGUGUAUUUCUUCUACCAGUAUUAGUUCAUUUACAUUUUGUACUUCA